AUGACGAAGGACCUACACCUUGUUGGCAAUGAUUAUCAGUGGCUGUUGACGAUCUUCUACAUCACGUAUAUCGUUUUCGAGUUUCAAGCGCUCAUGUGGAAGAUCGUACCGCCUCACAUUUGGCUAGCUUUUACCGUCUUUGGAUGGGGGUUGAUUGCUUCGGCACAGUCCGGGACUAACACCUGGAGCGGAAUGAUGGCAUGCCGUUUCUUCCUCGGAAUCAGCGAAGCUGGUUUUGGUCCAGGGAUACCGUAUCUUCUGUCAUUCUUUUAUCUGAGACACGAAGUCGGCCUACGUAUCGCCAUCUUUCUCUCUGCCGCUCCUUUAGCAACAAGUUUUUCUGGAGCGUUAGCCUAUGGAAUCACCUCGGGGUAUCCUCAUCUGGCAAAAUGGCGUCUACUUUUCCUUGUGGAAGGUCUUCCAACGAUAUGCAUGGCGCCAGUUGCAUUUUUCUUUCUCCCAGACACCCCAGACAAGGCGCGCUUUUUGACAGAAGAAGAAAAGCUCAUUGCGAAAGCUCGAGGCGUUCGGCAGGUCGGCAGUGUGGAAAGAUUGGGCGGUAUAGUCUGGAAAGAGGUCGGGCUUGCUCUCAUGGACGUGAAAUGCUGGUUCACAGCCUUCAUGUACUUCAGCUGCAACGUUGGCUUCUCCUCGCUUCCCGUGUUUUUGCCAACGAUUUUGAAUGAUAUGGGGUUCAAUGCAAUUGACUCCCAGGGUCUGACCGCCCCUCCAUUUUUCGUUUCAUUCCUUGUGACUAUUCUCUCAACUUGGGUUGCGGACAAGACCCAACAGAGAGGCUACACGAUUAUGGUCCUCACUACAGUUGGCGGGAUCGGUUACAUCAUGUUGGCCACUGUAAAAUCUGUCGGUGUGAGAUACUUUGGGGUAUUCCUAGCAGCGUCCGGCAUAUUUCCAAGCAUAGCAAAUAUACUACCCUGGGUAACAAACAACCAAGGUAGUGACACGAGACGAGGUAUGGGAAUCGUGCUUCUGAACCUGAUUGGCCAAUGUGGUCCUCUUCUGGGAACAAAUUCUUUUCCCAUGAACGAAAGUCCAAGAUACAUCAAGGGCAUGGCUAUCAGUGCAGCCUUUACCUUCUUCACCGGUUUUCUAGCGUUCGGGUUGAGAUGCCUAUUAGUCUGGGAAAACCGAAAGCUCGACAAGCUGCAUGGCUCAAAUAAGAAUAGGGUGGUCAACCAACCAGGUGGAGAAGGACAAGAGAGUGAGGUGGGUGAAGAGAACUAUGGUCCGACAUUCAGGGACGAGGACAUGUACAAUAUGUCAGAAAGUAUGAAACUGGCACAGCAUAGGUCGGAGCGAUUCAACAUGAUGUGGAAGGCCUGGUUCUCGUUUAGGGUUGUGGACUGGUUGGAUCUCAAUGGUCCCUGGACGAGUGACGAGAAGUUGGAUAGGUUUACUAAAACCGGUGUAGGGAACUCAUUGGGAAUGGUCGAACAACAUGCGAUGUAG